CCAUUGUCCUUGCAAGUCUUCUGCUUGUGUUCAUCAAGUUCGUCAUCGUAGGACAGGAGAGAGACAAGACCACCAAAGCAUAUUAUUCUCCUCUGCUCUCCUUCCACACUAUUCAUAAUCUCUUCUUUUUUCAUCAAAACCAGCUCUCCUCCUUCUAGGGUUUUCUUUGUUCCAUUCCAUUCCAUUAUGGGUGGUGGUAGCUCCCCUUGUGCUUCCUGCAAACUGUUGAGACGUCGGUGUGCUAAGGACUGCAUCUUCGCUCCUUACUUCCCUUCUGAUGAUCCUCAUAAGUUUGCCAUUGUUCACAAGGUCUUUGGUGCCAGCAAUGUCAGUAAAAUGUUACAGGAGCUUCCAAUUCAGCAAAGAGCAGAUGCAGUCAGCAGCCUCGUAUAUGAAGCGAAUGCGAGAGUCCGAGACCCUGUUUACGGUUGCGUCGGGGCUAUAUCAUACUUGCAGAACCAAGUCUCCCAACUUCAGAUGCAGCUUGCGAUGGCUCAAGCAGAGAUCCUUUGUAUCCAGAUGCAGCAAGAGCCAGCAGCCUUACCCACUCACCAGAUAGACAACCCAGAUGACAAAUCUCUUCUUCUUCACAGUAACCUCAAUAACUUUCCCCAAUUCCUCAACUUUGCCUCUUCCAGCAAUGUAAUUCAAGAUCCUCCUAAGAGAGAAUCUCUCUGGACUUGACUUGGUUUCCUAAAUGAAAAUGGUUUACUAUUUCAACUUUCUUUA